ACACACAAAUGAAACAUCUCAGAAAUUCAUAAUUCUUUUCUUGUACAAAACAAAUAUUCAGAUAUAUAUAUAUAUCCUUCUGUAACUAAAACCCACAUUCUCUGGAAUCGGUCACUUUUUAUAUUUAUUUAAUCUUUAUAGUUCAAACUUGUUACCAUAUUUAUAGGCUUUUUUGUUUUCCUUAAAAACAAUCUUUUCUUAUACUUUUUAUAAAACUGUGUUUCCAUAUAUAUAGGCCGGUUUUUGUGUAGUGGACUAUAAAUUUGGGACUAAUACAAUUAUACUUUUUUUGCAAACUUUGAAGAAAUGGAAAGAUUUCGGAAAAAGAAUGGGUUUAAGGAGCAGUUGGUGAUGGUUUUUGUUGUCAUAUUAAUGUUUGAUUAUGGUUUUAGUGUUGGAUGGUCUCUUAACAUAGAAGGGUUGGGGUUGUUGAAGUUUCGAGAAGGGAUUGAGAAGGAUCCUUUUGGGGCUUUAUCGAGCUGGAACGAUGAUGGUGAAGGUUCCGAUUUGGGUCAUUGUUCUUGGUUUGGCGUCGAGUGUUUGGAUGGAAUAGUUGUUGCAUUGAAUUUAAGAGAUCUAUGCCUUGAAGGAACACUUGCACCAGAUCUUGGAAAGCUAACAAAUGUAAAAUCCAUUAUUUUACGUAACAAUUCUUUUUACGGAACAAUUCCUCAUGAAAUCGGAGAUUUAGAGGAGUUGGAAGUGUUGGAUUUGGGAUUCAAUAACUUCACUGGGCCAUUCCCAUCUGAUCUUGGCAAUAACUUAGCCUUAUCGAUUCUUUUAUUGGACAAUAAUAAUUUUCUUGAAACAAUUUCCCCCGAGGUAAACAAUCUAAAGACGCAGUCUGAGUUUCAAGUAGAUGAGAAUCAGCUUACGAACUCUCACUGUGAUUGUAGUUGUAAUUGCAGAAAUGUUAUCCAUGGAAGUGCUAAAGAGAGAAAGCUAUUACAAAAUUUACCUUCAUCAUUACCAUCAGGUUUACCGAUAUCAUCUAUAUCGAUGCCACCAUCCAGCAUAUCAGAAUCUCCUUCACCGUCACCAACUUCAGCUCCAUCACCAUCUCCAAUGCUUCCACCACUUGCAGUUUUCCCAACUCCACCAGCUGCUUCCCUAGUACCCGAGGUUGAUCCUUUAGCUCCUUCACCUGGAUCAAUUCCGAGCUUCAGGAGUCACAGAUCAAAACAUCACAGGGUUCUAAUAUGGUCUGGGGUCAUUGGAGGUUCUGUGUUUAUAUUUCUUUCAGGAUUAAUAGUUCUCUUCUUGAAAAGAAAUAAAGUAGUUACUGUUAAACCAUGGGCUACCGGUUUAAGUGGGCAGCUCCAGAAAGCAUUCACAACAGGUGUUCCGAGUCUCCAAAGGCCAGAACUUGUAACAGCAUGUGAAGACUUUAGUAAUAUAAUUGGGUCUAUGUCAGAUGGCACUGUGUACAAAGGGACUCUUUCAAGUGGGGUUGAGAUAGCUGUGACAUCCACUGCAAUAACGUCGUCUAAAGAUUGGACAAAGAAGCUUGAAACCCAGUUCAGAAACAAGAUAGAAAUGUUGUCAAAGGUGAAUCACAAGAACUUUGUGAAUCUAAUUGGAUAUUGUGAAGAACAAAAACCUUUCACAAGAAUGAUGGUUUUUGAGUAUGCUCCAAAUGGAACUCUCUUUGAGCAUCUCCACAUUAAAGAAGCUGAACAUCUGGAUUGGUCAAUGCGAUUACGUCUAGCUAUGGGAAUGGCAUACUGCCUCGAGUACCUGCACCAACUUAACCCACCCAUCUCCCACAAUAACCUGCAAUCGUCAUCUAUAUAUCUAACUGAAGACUAUGCGGCCAAAAUCUCAGAUUUCAGCUUCUGGGAUGCUUCAAAAACAGGACCGAAAAAAGCUGAGCUUUUGGAGAGCCCACCUUCUACUCCACAAAGCAAUGUCUACAGCUUUGGCAUAAUCUUAUUUGAAUUGAUCACUGGUAAGAUGCCUAAUGGUUCUUCUAAAAACUGGGUGUCAGAUUUCUUGAAAAGUGAACACCCCGUAGCGAACCUAGUGGACCCAACUUUAAGUUCCUUUGAGAUUGAGAUAUUUAAAGGGAUCCUUGAAGUGGUCAAAAUCUGUGUUCUUUCUGACCCAAAUCAAAGACCAACAAUGAGAGAGGUCACAGUUAGGUUGAAGGAGCUCACUGAUGUUGCACCUGAAGGCGCAAUACCUAGAAGUUCUCCACUUUGGUGGGCUGAACUCGAGAUCUUAUCAUCAACAGAGUCGAACUAAAGAUUGUAACAAUUCAGCUUGUAUAUACUUCUACACCGAGUGCUUUGUACAGUCAAUAAGUAUUGAUUUGUUCGUUUUAAA